AUGACGGUCAGGACGGACGAGGUCGAGACCAAAGGGGAAGUCAAGUACCUGGGGGUGACCGUGGACACGAAGAUGACCUUUUGGCCUCACGUACAUCAAACGGCCCAGAAGGCGGCUGAAAGGAUAGCAUCCUCAAGCCGCCUGAUGGGAAACACAAACGGACCGAGACCGGGGAAACGGAGACUUCCAAUGUCGACGGUGAACUCGAUCCUUCUCUACAGUGCGGAAAUCUGGGCAGACUCCCUAAAGACUCAGAAAUACUGUCACGCAAUAACGACGAGGGGGUUUGGGGAUGUAAAUCUUGACGUCACCCAGCUUCUGACGGGCCGCGGAUAUUUCAGACGCUACUUACACAACUUGAACCGAGUACGGACGUCCAACCUUACGUACUGCGGACACGAACGAGACGACGCGGAACACACGUUCUUCGAAUGUAACCGCUGGACAGAACUGCGACAGAGACUGGAGGCGGUCGUGGAAGGCAUCACUCCCGACAAAAUUGUCAGGGUGAUGCUCCAUAGUACGGAAAGGUGGCAACUUGUUGCCACCUACACAGAGACAAUCCUACGACGUAAGAACGCGGACGGCUGCCUGACGUAA